UAUCUGAUUUCUCUCUUUCUCCCCCCCUUCCCUUGCUGCUACACUUACUUGCCAGUCCUUCUUUGCAUCCCUGCUGUUCACUGUGUGUGGGCCUGUGUCCGCGCCUGUCCCACCAGCUGUGUGUGCACUCAAGAGAGGAGUUGUGCCAUCCUUUGCGACCGUGCUGGUUUCACACAGAUCCCAAAAGAGUUUCCCUGUGAGGCCUACUCUAUUAACCUGGAUAAAAAUAGCAUCAAAUUCCUUGCUGAGAGGGCCUUUGGUACCCUCCCAUCGCUCAGAUCUCUCUCAUUAAGCCACAACAACAUAUCCUUCAUCACUCCUGGUGCAUUCAAAGGGCUAGCCAGCUUGACGGAACUAAAAAUGGCCCACAACGAAUACAUUCAGUAUUUGCACACAAGGACUUUCAUUUCACUCAAGAGGCUCGCCAGACUGGACUUAGCGGACUGCAACCUUUACAACAUCCCAGACAGGAUUUUUAUAGAGCUUCCAGCCCUUCAGGAACUCUUUUGCUUUCAGAACAACUUCAAAAGGAUUCCAGGAGCGAUACGAGGGAUGGAGAAUUUGACCCAUGUUUAUCUGGAGAAAAACAAGAUCGAAGCUGUGGCUUAUAAUUCUCUCUUGGGUCUGACCCAACUGAAAUAUCUCAAUCUGCAAGAUAACAGAAUAAGCGUGAUUCAUGACAGAGCUUUUCAGUACUGUCAGAAAUUGGAGUAUCUUUAUUUAAAUGACAAUGUCCUCAGCGACCUCCCUGAUAACUGUUUUGACGGCCUGAGACGUCUCAACAUGCUUAAUCUUGGUGGCAAUUUACUUCGAAAUGUCUCUAAUACAUGGUUCCAGGACCAGUUAGAGCUGGAAGUUUUGUAUUUGGACAGGAACAGGAUUAGCCACAUUGAGGAAGGGGCUUUUGAAAACCUCAUAGGCUUGGUGUCUUUGCACUUGAACAGUAACAACCUAACCACCUUGCCUUUUUCAGUCUUCCAACCUGUCUACUUCCUAGGAAGACUCUACCUUUUCCGGAACCCCUGGGAAUGCGAUUGCAGGAUUGAGUGGCUGAAGGAAUGGAUGGAGAACUACAGACUUGUCAGAGAUAUUCCGUGUGCCUCCCCAUCCUCUGUGGCUGGUCUUGACUUAACUGAUGUUUCUUUUGAGAGAACGCCCAACGGUUUUUGUCUUGACCCAGAGGAGCUAAAUGCCACAACUUACAAUCCUUUCGCAACCGCAGAACCACAGUCUACCACAGAGAACAAAUUCAACAGCCUUAUCUCUAAAUUCCUACUCCAGAAGGGCCUUUCGGAAGAAGUAGGAAACACCACAGAAGCUUUUGUCAACACAACUUUGUUAGAUGGAUUGACUAAUGAGGCAUCUUUAGGACUGGGGGAAUGCAAUAUCAGAUUAGUAUGUUACCUAAAUCUCUGGAUAUUAUUUAGAACUACUGUAAGUUCUAUGCCCUCUGUAUAGUGUUUUGUACAGGAUAGGAUGUUAAGCUACCACCUUCAGACAUAGGUCAGGUACAAAAGGACUCUGGUUUAGUGCAUAUUUAGACCUAGUGAUCUACUUUGGGCCCAUCUUUCAAAAUAGGUUUAGGUUCACAGAGGCAGAACUCCUUUAUAAAGCGCUUUAUAAUUUUAUAAUCUGUCACACUUAGUGAGUGUGAUUCCUGUCAUUAGUCUCCCAUAAGAGUGGCUCUAAAGUCCCUCAGCUGCAGUAAAAUUAAUCCAAAUUCACGCUGUAUUGAAAGAAAGUUGGCAGGAACAUGAUUGCUGUUCAUAUUUUGUAAUCAGACAUAGCUCAAUGAGGAAGACAGAAAACAAUAUGUAUGGUGAUAUGUACUGAAGAAUUUAGAUAAUAGACUUGCAGCUUUACUAAGGGAUUUGAGGAGACAUUCUGGUGGUUCUUACAUAUAGGAUGCUAUCGUCAUGGAACAAAAAAGGGUGAUGGCGUUCUGCAGCUAUUAAAAGGAUCAGAAAGAGAUAGGGAUCAGUUUCUCUGUAUGAAUCUCUUCCACCUGAUGGGAACCAAUUUAGCAAGACUAAAGCAUAAUAAUCCAGAUAUUGGGGAUGGGUUUUUCCCCUUUUCUGCCAUGUUUUUUAUAA